AUGGCACCUGCCCUCCGCGCAUUUGCGCUUGCACUGCGAGCCUCGUCGAUCUGCCCGUCGUCCCCUACCUGCCCCCAGGACGACCAAUGCUCCCUCACCUCGAACGGGGCCACUCUUCAAGUCAGCUGUGCGACUGACUACUAUGGCGGCGAUUUGCAAUUGGCACAAACAUCUACGUUAGCAGGUUGCAUCCGAGCAUGCCCCAUGACUACGGGAUGCAAUGCUGCAAGCUACGUGGGUGGUAACUGCUAUCUCAAAAGCACGCUCAAUGCGGCUCAGCCCAAUUCCAACGUGAUUGGAGUAGCUGUGAUCUCUAGAGAUACCUCACCAAUGCCUGUUCCAGCGCCGGAUAUCCCCAAACAGUGCCCUGCCAGUUUCACCUGCCCGGAGAACGAUGGCUGCUCGUACACUGAUGGUUCACGUACUCUGACACUUACUUGUGGAGUGGACUUCUAUGGAGGUGAUUUCACCAAUCAGUACGCAGCAAGCCUCGAGGGUUGUACACAAGCUUGCGCUGGAGACGCACAGUGCGUGGCCGCUUCGUUUGUUGGUGGCAAAGGUGACGGUCGUUGCUAUCUCAAGAACACAAAGAACGGUGGCUCUGUGAAUGACGGUGUUGAUGCUGUCUACGUUGUUUCCAACACCGUACAACCAAGCAUUUCAGCAUCAAGCUCAACCCCGUCGCCUUCCUCGACUGUUACAUCGACGGGUACUAUCUCUUCCACUAGCACAGACGUCAUCAUCAGCUCUACCUCAACCUCGACUUCGACCUCUACCCCUACCCCUACACCCACUCCCACACCUACGCCCACUCCUACUCCUACCCCGACUCCUACCCCAACGCCUGAACCACAACCUACCUGCGGCGUCAGUGGUGGGCCAAGACCGGGGGUGCUCUACACCAACAUUGCUGGGCAGACCCAGGCCACUUGCAAGAUCCGGUGCCAGAACUACAAUCUUUCAGGCCGUACCUGUCGUGUCUAUUCUUUCAUCCCCGCAGCCAGUCUUUGUAUACUAGCAAUAGGAGUCACUGCACCAACGUUCGACCAGGCUUUUACUCCUAGUAGAAAUGGGUUUUACAUCUGGUACGCCGUGGAAUGCCCAGCAUGA